GUGUCCAAAGCCAGGUUGGAUGGGGCUUGGAGCAGCCUGGGACAGUGGAAGGUCCCUGGCCAUGGAACAAGGUACCCUGUAGCAUGGCAGGUGAAGAGGACUUCUUUUUGGAGGAGAAAAGAUUCAAGCAGUACUGUGAAGACUUUGUUAAACAUUCGCAACAGAUAGGAGAUGGUUGGGAGUGGAGAGCCAGCAAGGACCUUGGUGAUGGUUAUCUUAGUAAGACACACUUCCAAGUAAGAAACAGACACAUCCCACCAGACCUCAAGGAGAAAAACAAUGAUAACACUGAAGAAAUGUUAUUUGCACAUGUAGAAGAGCCCUCAGAUGACUCUCAGGCCGCCGGCGUUUGCAGCACAGAAGAAGUGGUUCGCUAUGAGUACCACGUCCUGUACUCCAGCAGCUACCAAGUGCCUGUGCUGUAUUUCAGAGCGUGCUUUUUGGAUGGAAGGCCUUUAAGUCUGGAUGAAAUAUGGGGAAGUGUUCAUGCAUCCUACCAGGCUCGUCUGCAGGAGGGGCCCUGGGACACUAUUACACAGCAGGAGCACCCCAUCCUUGGGCAGCCUUUCUUUGUCCUGCAUCCCUGUCGAACCAAUGAAUUCAUCUCUGCUGUGCUGGGGGGCUCACAGGAGCACCACAGACAUACAAAUUACAUCAUACUGUGGCUCAGUACCGUAGGCCCAGUUGUGGGCCUGAAUCUGCCUUUGAGUUACGCAAAAGUGGCAUCUGAGCAGAGCACAGAUUUGGCUGAAAGGUGCUUUGCGAUGAGAAUUUAUGCAGAGAGAGGUGCUCAGCCCACUGCUGACACCCUUCAGGCCCCUGAUGUCCUGGGGUCUCUCUCAGAGCCCAGAGCUGAAGGACUGGGAGUGGUUAGGCUGUGAAAAAGCUGCUGCAGACUUCCCUAGGGAUGAAGCUGGAGGAUCCUUCCUGGCUGGUUAGCCAUGCCUGAGUGGAAAUGAUUGCUGAUGGCUCCUUCCCUGGCCAGGACUCGCCACUGAUGAUGGUGGGAAUUGGCUGCUGCUGUGGAAACACCUCCCCAGCACCACCCAGACCUCAUCACCUGCCUCCUGUGCCCUUGGUGAGGCUGCACACAGAUGCACAAGCCGAGUUGUUGGAUCUACUGAACUUACCCCUAGAAGAUCUGCACCAUCUGUGGGGCAGAAAAUGCAAUAUAAACACAGAAAAAUUCUCAUGGGAUGUGGUGUGAGCUUGUGGCAGCCAGGGUAUGGGCUGAGACUGCUUCACCUGAGAGCCAUCUUCUCCACCAGAGCCUGGUGAGGGACCAGCCCACAGAACAUCCUCAUCCUGGGAAUAUCCCACACAUGUCACACUUCCUCGUGGGGCCAGCGGGGUUGGGACUGUCACAGACAGAGCCCUUGGAGCCUGAGUGCAAUGAGCACGUCCAGCUCUGGAGCUCAGGAGCCUGGAGCAGCCGUGUGGGAACAUCUGGCUCUGCCGUGCUCUGCUGCCUGCCAGGGAAGCUCUCUGUGCCCCCUGGGAGCUGCUGCUGUUCCCAAUUAGUGUUUCUCGUUGUAGUUGUGGUUGCUCACAGGUUUGCUCCCUACCCUGCACUGCUUCUGCAGCCUCCCCUGACAGCUGUUGGCUUUUGGGGAAUUGCCUGGUGGUGCUGCCACUGAGAACCAGAUUAUGAGGAACUUCCCUACCACCCAUCCUGGCUUCUCUCCCAAUCCCGUUUUAUUUGCAGUGUAAAACGGAGCAGCUGACAUUGAAACAUGGAUUUUACUUUGCACAUGCAGCAAUUGUCACUUGCACACAGAGCCUAGUGUGUGCCACAUCAGAGCUGGGAGUGUGAAGUGCAUCCAGAUCCUGAUUUUUCAGACUGUGUUUUUAACUUCCAUUACUUGUCAUUGGAGGAUAUGGAAUACAGAGUGCAGUCCUUCAAAUUCUAUUGCUGGGGAGUUUGUUUGCCAGCCAUUUGGAAUUAAUAAUGAAAGCACAUUGUUUAUUUUGUUCUGCACCCUAACAACCUUUCUGAAAAGCCAUUUUUCCCAUGUAAGAUUUACAAAAUACGGCCCACAGCUACCUUAAUUUUUUUUAACACUUUUGGUAACACAUGCUUGAAAUUUGCAUCCACAGUCCAUUUGUAAAUUUGAGACUUAGAUAGGAGGAAGAACCAACAAAAAGAGGUAACAGCAGGUUUAGGAGCCGCUGAAUGUUCACCCCUGCUCUGUGAUCUUGUGAUACCCUGCAACAGAAGAAUAGAAGCACUCAGCCUUCAAAAU